UGUUCUUCGAACUGUUCUGCUGGCUUCUUUAUUUCCAAGCAGUGCGAGGUAAACUCCGACGUCGGCUGUAGUCCAUGCGGUGCUGGGACAUUCUCUGCAAACGGCGAAAUCUGUCGUGACUGCCUCAAGGGAACAUUCUCAGAUUCGCAGGGACAGUCUGCAUGCACCAGUUGCAGUCCCGGGUACUUCACCGACAAGUCAGCGUCGCAUGCUUGCUCCAUGUGUCCACCGGGUUCCUUCGCUGCUUCUGAGGGCUCGACCCAGUGCACUUCAUGCCCGGACGGAAGCAGCACGGCAGGGUCAGGCAGCACCUCGCAAGCGGAUUGUGAGUGCUCCCCUGGUCGCUUCCUGCUGAACGGAACAUGCACUCCAUGCCCAGCAGGAACGUUCAAGGAUGUUCUAGGUAACGGAAGGUGUCAAACUUGCCCUCUCAACUACACCUCGAGCGCUGGCUCUUCGCAGUUCUCAGAUUGUCAUUGCGACCCUUCGAAACAGGAUUGCUCCAACUGCAAUGCUGGAACCUACCAGGAGGGCACCAAGUGCUCGCCUUGCCCCUUGAACUCAUACUCACAGCCGGGCAGUUGGCUCAUGACUCAAUGUUUCUGUAACAAGGGAUAUGACAGCCUGGCUCCUUCAGGAUGCAGCGCCUGUCCGGCAGGGAAGUACAAGGCAACGAGUGGCAAUGAUGGAUGCAAAAGUUGUGAUCACAAUACAACCACAACGAUGUCGGCACAAGCUUCUUGCGUU